AUGCCCUCCACCGAUAGCUCUCCCACUCUCCGCGAUCGCCACGUAUCAGGCGAUGCCAUGGCACGACCAACCGGCAUGAAAGACCCACUUGCGAUGACAUUCCCAACCAGCAACGUCCGCGCAGAGCCCGGCCCGCUGUCCAACCAAAAUGGGAAGCGCACCUCCAAGGCCCAAAGGCCUGGCACCCAAUCGCCCAAGCUGUCAUCUGCAACAGCCUCCAAUGGCAACCCGUCAACAAAGCAUUCUCUAGAUACCAUGACGCCGGAGGAUAUUGAAGCCGCGCAUAUCUUAGUAUCCAUGAGCAAGUCCGGCGAUGCUGCCGCCACACCUAACAUCAACGUCAACGAUACUGAUAGCGGAAGCUCUGACUGGCAGCGUGAAGGGGCUCCCAUGACGGAUGAAGAAGCUGCUCACGCUCUUCUGUCGUUGGCUAACACAGAUGCCUCCUUCGCAGACAUCCGCAAGGCCGUUGCCUCCAGGACCGUUCCUGAAGAUGGAGCUUCAACAACCAAUAGGAACCUUGACAGCAUCCCCACCUUCUUUGGACAAUCCUUAAAGAAGCGUCAGGCGGCUGACACCAGUGACACUGGCGAGCAACCCCAGACGAAGAAGCGCCGUAGCACUCCUACGAGCCCGUCGGCUCCAGCUCUCCAGCACGACACUUCAUCCAAGCAUGUUAGUGUCAACAACUUGGGCACACCCGAAGAGGUCUCUACCCAGGGACGAGCCAGGUCUUUGCGCAAGCGUAAGGCAGACAAGGCGGCGGAGGUUCCCACCGCGCCCGCCAGUCCCAAGCGUGCACGCUUCUCCCAAGCGCACGCUAAUCCCGAACAAAUGCUUGCCCCCCAGCAUACGGCUUCUCCCAAGGCGAAGAGUGUCCUCAAGCAAGUGAAGAGCGCUCCCAAGUCAAACGAUACUCCCAAACCACAAGGCGCUCCUAAAACAAAAGACGCCCCCAAAUCAAAGGAUGCCCCAAGAUCAAAGAACGUUCCCAAAUCGAAGAGCGUUCCCAAGCAGAAGAGCACGGGAAGCAGUCUGCCAUCCCUUCUAGUCCUCGGUCGGAAGAACAAGGGUGUCAAGGAGAGCACGGCUGCGCUCCUUGAGAAGAUGCGGUCCGACGAGUCCACCACCUCUCCCGAAGCCGCCGUCACCACCGAGCUGACCAGAAGCGGUCCGACCCAGUCUCCGUCCCCUUCAGAGCCUGAACCGCAGCAGCAGCACACCGAGCCGGUCAUCCUCACUUCCACCACCACCACCGCCACGACCGCUGCUGCUUCCCCUGCCGAGAAGGCCGUCCCCAUCCCCCGCCCCCGAACCAAAGCUCCCAACCUCGCCAUCCCGCCCCACAUCCAAGCCAAGCACGCCGAGCUCAUGGCGCUCCGCCGCUCCGGGCGGUACCCGCCGAUGCCGACGGCCGACGAGAUGCGCGACCCGAAGAACCCGCCGGAAUGGGUUGUCGGCGCGAAAGCCCACACCGUCCUGCUGCACCCGGUGCCGCACUACAAGCUCGAGAAGCACCUGGCCGAGGGCCAGGAGCAGCCGCCCACGGAGCUGUGGUUCGUCAACGAGACGACGGCGCCGCCCGGCGGCGUCGUGCUGCGCGAGGCGUACGUGCGGCGUGGGAAGAAGCGCGACGUGCCGAUUGAUUUUAAUAGUAGUGAGGAUAUUCGGGAUUUGAAUAAGUGGGUUACGCAGAAGUUGUGUCGGUGGGAGUGCGCGAGGGUUAGGGUGGAUAUGUACAAGCGGAAGUACUGCGAUGAGGAGAUUGAGGUCUUGUGGGAGGAGGCGAGGAAGUGGAAGAAGGAGUGGAGGGAGGAGACGGGUAAGGAGGACAGCGAGCUCAGUCGCCCUGAAGUCGCGAAGGAGAUGGCCAAGAGGUUGAACGAGAGGUUUGCUGGCAAGAUGAUCAGGGCCACGUACAACGGCAAGCAGGACAAGGAGGAGGCUGUUCGUCCGCCCCGUGAGGCUCCGGGUGUUGACAGCGUCCUGAAUCGAAAGAGGAUCUUGAAGGAGCUGGGAGUCCCGCUUAGUCGUAAGCGUUCCAAGAAGGAAACGGAGGCGGAGGAAAAGGAUGUUGCCGGUUCGGAUGGCGAGGAGGAGCUGUGA